CUCCGAUCGAGUUUUGCCGAUAACGGUGUAUUGGCAUACUAUUCCACGCACUUUUGCGUUACGUUAGUGUACGAAUUUGAGAAAGAGAUAUGGCACUCGAACGUUCGGUCCGCGCUAAGCUCAUCGCCAAACGUGAUCCAGAACGCGAGCGAGAGGCCCGCGAGUGGAUAUCGUCUGUGAUCGGUAAGAAUUUGAAGCCCGCCCCGAUCGAGGACAUCCUGAGGGACGGCACGGUCCUCUGUGAGCUCAUAAACAAGAUCAAGCCUGGCUCCAUUAAGAAAAUCAACACGGCAGGGGGUGACUUCAAAAUGAUGGAGAAUAUUAAUAAAUUCCAGGAUGCAGUUAGGGCUUAUGGACUGAGUGACGCGGAUAUCUUCCAAACGGUCGAUCUCUGGGAAAAGAAGGACAUCUCGCUAGUCGUCACGACCCUGUUUGCCCUAGGGCGCGAGACCUACAGACACCCAGAAUACAAGGGCCCGCAUCUGGGACCCAAACCUGCCGAGGAGCACAAACGCGAGUUCUCGCAAGAACAGCUCAGAGCUGGGCAGACUGUGAUCGGACUUCAGGCUGGUUCCAACAAGGGAGCCACGCAGUCCGGACAGAAUAUCGGUGCCUCUCGUAAAAUUCUCCUAGGAAAGUAAAGAAGAAAAAAAAAAAAAAAAAAUCGUCAUACAUACCCUCCCACCUCCUUUAUCCUCUAUGAUCAUUAUCGUACCCCUAAAAUUAAUCUUAAGACACUGCGUGAAAGUGAUGACAAAUUGUAGCGUCAUGUGUAAUCAGAAAUGGUCGCGUUUCUUGCGAUAUCAAUAAAACAAUACGUAAGGAUUUUCUUUUUUAUGUAAAUAUAUAUUAUUAUUUUUAACACUACGUCGCAAUUACUACAUAAUUGUAUGCAUAAAUAUAUACAUACAUUCGUGUAUAAAUAUAUAAAUUUAACGAGAUUUUGUAAUUGAACCAGUACAGAUUAUAUUUAUUAUUAAAACCAAA